AUGGCCUGUGGAGCCACCCUUAAAAGGACUAUCGACUUUGACCCGCUUCUGAGCCCGGCGGCCUCCCCGAAGAGAAGGAGAUGCGCCCCCCUGUCCCCCUCAGGUCCCUCCCCACAGAAAUACCUCCGCAUGGAACCGUCACCCUUCGGGGAGGUGUCCUCCCGGCUGACCGCAGAACAAAUCCUUUACAACAUAAAGCAGGAGUAUAAACGCAUGCAGAAGAGAAGGCAUUUAGAAAGCAGCUUCCAGCAGACAGAACCCUGCUCCAGUGACGCCCAGCCACAGCAUUUUUUGCCUGUUGGGCAAAAUUUACCUGGAACGUCUUUAGCAUCACCACUGAGGAAGGAACAGCCACUGUUUACUCUGAGACAGGUUGGAAUGAUAUGUGAACGUCUUUUAAAAGAACGAGAAGAUAAAGUCCGUGAAGAGUAUGAAGAAAUUUUGACCACAAAACUGGCAGAACAAUAUGAUGCUUUUGUGAAGUUCACGCAUGACCAGAUUAUGCGACGAUAUGGGGAGCAGCCUGCUAGUUACGUGUCAUGAAUCUUUCCUCUCCUUUCCUGGCUGUUCUCCCCGUAUUGGUUAUAAAUUGCAGCAAGGCCAUAUUUCCCUACCUUGUGAACACAGCUUAUUUCAAGCUUCUGUCAGUGGCAACCACUCUUAUGCAGCAACUGGUUUCCGAGUGCUCCCUGAUGUCAGUGCCACCUGAAUGUGGAUCUAUGCUACCUGUAUUAUAUACCAGUGGCCUCAUUGCUGUACCAUUUGAAAUCUGGCUUUUUUGUUAAUGUUUUAAAAUGGAUUCAAGCUGGUGUUCAGGAACAUGCCCUGUACCUGUUGUAUAAAUCAGUCCUCUUUCAGUGAGGUUUUUACCAGUUCACUACAAACACAGUGUCCACUGUCUGAACAGUGGCAUAAACAAUGGGACAUUUUUUCUUUUUCUUUUGUAAAGACAUUUAUCAGAUAUGACUCUGGAAAAAAUAAAACCUAGGGCAUGUGCAUUUUAAAGGACUUUUGUGGGGGAGGUAAACCGGAUUUGAUUACUUGUUUUGUAGAUUUUAUUUAUUCUCUCAGUCUUUAACAAAUGUUUAAUGCAUUUUUUUUUUCUGUCUUUAAUUGUUUAACUGCCUUGUAGUACUGGAAUUUAGUUG